AUGGUUGAUGUAGCUGGUGGAAAAGGAGAUGCUGCUAAGGGUGCGAAGAUCUUCAAGACCAAAUGCGCCCAGUGCCAUACUUUAAACGCUGGAGGCGCCCACAAGCAAGGCCCUAAUCUUCAUGGUAUGAUUAACCGCCAGUCUGGUCAGGCUGAAGGCUACUCGUACUCGGCUGCUAACAAGAACUCAGGCGUUACGUGGACGGAUGCGACUUUGUUCGAGUACCUUUUAGCCCCUAAGAAGUAUAUUAAGGGCACAAAGAUGGUGUUUGCUGGCUUGAAAAAGCCACAGGAGCGUCGCGAUUUGAUUGCGUACCUGAUGGAGGCAACCAACGAAUAA